AUGCGUCCGGAGAGAGAAAAAAAAAAAGGAAAAAGAGCGUGGGAGGAGAUAACAAAGGAAAAAUGUUCAUAUCUAUCUAUCUAUCUAUCUAUCUAUCUAUCUAUCUAUCUAUCUAUCUAUCUAUCUCAUUCUGCUCAUAUCUAUCUAUCUAUCUAUCUAUCUAUCUAUCUAUCUAUCUAUCUAUCUAUCUAUCUAUUUCAAUCUAGUUAUAUCUGUCUAUUUCAGUCUGUUCAUAUUCAUCUAUCUCAUCUGCAUAUCUGCUAUCUAUCAUCUAUCUAUCUAUCUAUCUAUCUAUCUAUCUAUCUAUCUAUCUAUUUCAAUCUAGUUAUAUCUGUCUAUUUUAGUCUGUUCAUAUUUAUCUAUCUAUCUAUCUAUCUAUCUAUCUAUCUAUCUAUCUCAUUCUGCUCAUAUAUUCUAUCUCUAUCUAUCUAUCUAUCUAUCUAUUUCAUUCUAGUUAUAUCUAUCUAUUUCAGUCUAGUUAUAUCUAUCUAUUUCAGUCUGUCUAUCUAUCUAUCUAUCUAUCUAUCUAUCUAUUCAUUCUGCCCUAUCUAUCUAUCUAUCUAUUAUCUAUCUAUCUAUUAUAUUAUAUAUAAUUUUGCUCAUAUCUAUCUAUCUAUCUAUCUAUCUAUCUUAUUUCAUUCCGUUAUCUAUUCAUCUAUCUUUAUUUCAUUCUUCAUCAUAUCUAUCUAUCUAUCUAUCUAUCUAUCUAUCUAUCUCAUUCUUACUUUCUUUUUGAUCUCCUUUCUCUUUUGGCAACCACUCCUUUUUGGAGCAUACUUUCUUUCUGGUGUCCAUUCUGCUUUGGUAAGCACUUCAUUUUGGGGUGUACUUUCAUUUUGGUGUCCAUUCUGUUUUAGUAACCACUCCUUUUUGGGCGUUCUUUCUUUUUGGGGUCCAUUCUGUUUUGCACUUGCAUCUUUCUUUCUUUUCUUAUCUCUUCCCGUUCAUUCAUUCAUUCUUCCUUUCUUUUACUCCUCACUUUACCCAAUGAAUCUUUCUAUAUCCACUUGUUUUUUUUUUUGCUUCUUUUGUCCGUCUCCUCCCCCAUUUUCUUAUGCAUUUUUUAACGUUUCUUAUCUUUUAAAAUACACUCUUUCUUUUCUCUCACCCUCUGUCUCGCUUUGA